CUUAAAUUAUUUUAAGAUUAUUGUUUAAUUUACUAAAAUUUGCUUAGUAAUAUUACCAUUUUUCUUUUUCUUCCGCCGCGUUUAUAGCUCGAGUAAAGCUUGGCUUUGGUUCUGGUGAGCGGCGGCCAAGAAGAGCACCAGUGGAAGAGGCGGCCGGCGUUUCGCAUUUCGCGGGAGGACCCAGAAGGUGUUCUUAUUCUGGGUGCUCUCAGGGUGUGAUCGACCUGCGCAGGAGGCCCAACGGCGCCGGAAAGCUUCAGUCUUUGGCCGUUGCAUGAAUUGCUAGCUUGGUGGGCAUGGGAGGAAUAUUCAGAGUUAUAAUUGAAGAGCAAUGGUAAGAGUUUAUGAAAUGUAAGCAUUAAUGGCAAGUGUUGUUGUUGUACCUCCUAAUUGUCCAAGAAAUGCUGUACUUGCUUCUUCAAAGUGUAUAAGUUUUGCAGCUGCAACAUUCAACAUUCAAGCAUGCUCUCCCCAAAGUGUUUGUGCUAAGUGGAGGCACUAUUGUUGGUGUUCUAUUUUCUGUGUAAUUCGACCUUCUUCGGCUAAUAAUUCCAAGAAGAUGGUGUGGUUGAUUAGGAGCAGUCUUGAUGACAAUGUCCCGGAUCCUUCUUCUCCUUCUAGUGGCAGAAAUGGCAGAACACGGCUAAUUAGGGCCAUUCAAGGUUUUCAAACCAGGUUAGAAGCAAGAAUUCAGGAAAUAAGGAGAGGUUUUCCACUUAAAUUGCUUUUCUUCUUGGGGGGAUUUUACUGCGCAACUGCAUUUGCUACUGUUAUUGGGCAAACAGGUGACUGGGACAUUCUAUCUGCUGCCUUGGCUGUGUUUGUUGUAGAGGGGAUUGGGGCACUCAUGUAUAGAGCUUCUUCCCCUUUCUUAAAAAAGAUUAAGAGCCUUAUAACAGUCUUUAACUUUUGGAAGACUGGGCUUGCCCUUGGUCUCUUCUUGGACUCGUUCAAAUACUGAGUAAACCUGUCAACUUUAAAUUUGAUCUGUUUUCGUUUAGCUCCAUCAGAUGGUGUUGACUGAUGAGUUUUCAAUGCAAGCAUCAAGCAAAACUGAUUGGGCAGCACAGGUAUCUGUACCUUACUGGUGCAACAAAACAACAACCCAAGUUCAAAGUUUCAAAACUAGUUUGAAGCAAGGGAAGAUAGCGAGGAGGUCAAAGUAUGAGGGUGGAGGCAACAAGGAAUAGCCUGCCCUUGCUUGGUAUGGGAGCCCAAAAGUCUGAUCUUUUGAUGUUAUGAGUUUUACAUGAUGGGAUGAGGCUGCUCUGCUCCAAUGGUCAUGCUUGGUCUGUAAUCUCUUCAAACUACAAGAGCUUUUGUACCAUAAUGGGGCUUUGGAAGUUUAGAAUCUAAACAUGGUUUGUGAACUAUUGGCUAGUCCAGUGGGACUGGAGCUUUUACCCUGCCAUUGGUCGAAAUUGAGUGCCUACUGUGGGUUUUAAUUCCGUUGGAAUCAGUACGAUAGAUUUCGGUUAGUAGGAGAGUAGAGAUAUCAGCUUCAAUUCUGUAUUCAUGGCUUUGUUUUGUUCUUCUUUGAUAUACCAUUGUACAUUUUUGUUCUGCUUGAUAUAUCAAAUUCAAAUUAAUAAAGGAAACUGACCCUUGAAAACUUAA